AAUCGAAGACGAAACUCAAGAUUUUAACAAUCAGUUGCUUAAACUUAGUAUUCAUAUAAGUGUGUCUCACAAAAACCAGUUACAAGAUAAAUCACUAAUUAAUGAUACACAUGUUUAUCAUAAUAUAAACAUGUUAAAUAGUGAAAAUGUGUCUGGUUUUUGAAAAUUGCAAAUAAAGUGUUAAAGUGACAUGAAUUCCUAUAAAUCAUAUGAUCCUUUAGACUAAACAUGCCCGACUUCUAUGAACUCUUGAAUGUGCCAUCCACAGCCAGUUUCGAUGAGAUCAAGUGCAGCUACAAACAAUUGAUACUACAAUGUCAUCCCGACAAAUUGCGACAGCUCGAUGACCCAAAUCCGGGAUCGGAUGCCCAGAACAGUGACUUCAAUGCGAUAAACGCGGCGUGGAACACGCUGAAAGAUCCCAUUAGGCGCAAGCACUACGACGCCGAACUGCUGCAGUCGAAAUUCCGGGCGCAUAGCAACAUAUACGCAACCGUUGUGCUGGGUGAAAUGCAGCGGAUCCAAGUGGAAAUCGAAGAAGACGACGACGAGUUACCUUCACCUCCAACUCCCUGCCGAGCAUCUGAAUCAGAAUCAGAAUCCGAGGCGAACAAAGGGUCGGCGACAUUGUGGAGCUAUGCGUACGACUGCCGAUGCGGCGGUCAGUAUCUGUUCGAUGGACCCGGAGACGAUGAUGAGUCACCCGAAGUGAUUGUGGAGUGCAACGAGUGCUCUUUAGUUAUUAUUGUGAAACAAGCCGCAAGUUGUAAAUAAAGAAGAAGCGGGGCAAACAAUGGAACUGCUGCCCAGCACAAUGCUUCUACUUUAAACUA